GACCUUUUCUCCGCCUCUGCCUCCUCCCGACGCCGGCGCCGCUUUCUGGAAGGUUCCUGAGGGCGGUGUUUGCCUGCCGUUAUCCCAAAGCGGACCAUAAUCCGUGUCCAUCCGUUCCUGCUGAGCCCACUCCUACUUAAUUAAAUUUGCCAUGCCAGAGAAUGUGGCACCCCGGAGCGGGGCCCCCGCUGGGACUGCUGGCGGCCGCGGGAAAAGCGCCUACCAGGACCGCGACAAACCGGCCCAGAUCCGCUUCAGCAACAUUUCGGCAGCCAAAGCUGUUGCUGAUGCUAUUAGAACAAGCCUUGGACCAAAAGGAAUGGAUAAAAUGAUUCAAGAUGGGAAAGGUGAUGUGACCAUUACAAAUGAUGGUGCCACCAUUCUGAAACAAAUGCAAGUGUUACAUCCAGCAGCCAGAAUGCUGGUGGAAUUGUCUAAGGCUCAAGAUAUAGAAGCAGGAGAUGGUACCACAUCAGUAGUCAUCAUUGCUGGCUCUCUCUUAGAUUCCUGUACUAAGCUUCUUCAGAAAGGAAUUCAUCCAACCAUCAUUUCUGAGUCAUUCCAGAAGGCUUUGGAAAAGGGUCUUGAAAUCUUGACUGACAUGUCUCGGCCUGUGGAACUGAGUGACAGAGAAACUUUGUUAAAUAGUGCAACCACUUCAUUGAACUCAAAGGUGGUCUCUCAGUAUUCAAGUCUACUUUCUCCAAUGAGUGUAAAUGCCGUAAUGAGAGUGAUUGACCCUGCCACGGCUACUGGUGUAGAUCUUAGAGAUAUUAAAAUAGUUAAGAAACUUGGUGGGACAAUUGAUGACUGUGAAUUGGUGGAAGGGCUAGUUCUUACCCAAAAAGUAGCAAAUUCUGGCAUAACCAGAGUUGAAAAGGCUAAGAUUGGACUCAUUCAGUUUUGCUUAUCUGCUCCCAAAACAGAUAUGGAUAAUCAAAUAGUAGUUUCUGACUAUGCCCAGAUGGACCGAGUACUGCGAGAAGAGAGAGCCUAUAUUUUAAAUUUAGUGAAACAAAUUAAAAAAACUGGGUGUAACGUCCUGCUCAUACAGAAGUCUAUCCUAAGAGAUGCUCUUAGUGAUCUUGCAUUACAUUUUCUGAACAAGAUGAAGAUUAUGGUGGUCAAGGAUAUUGAAAGAGAAGACAUUGAAUUCAUUUGUAAGACAAUUGGAACCAAGCCAGUUGCUCAUAUUGACCAAUUUACUGCUGACAUGCUGGGUUCGGCUGAAUUAGCUGAAGAGGUCAAUUUAAAUGGUUCUGGCAAACUGCUCAAGAUUACAGGCUGUGCAAGCAUUGGAAAAACAGUUACAAUUGUUGUUCGAGGCUCUAACAAAUUGGUGAUUGAAGAAGCUGAACGUUCCAUUCAUGAUGCCCUGUGUGUUAUUCGCUGCUUAGUGAAAAAGAGAGCUCUUAUUGCCGGAGGGGGUGCUCCAGAAAUAGAGUUGGCCCUACGAUUGACUGAAUAUUCAAGAACACUGAGUGGUAUGGAGUCCUACUGUGUUCGUGCCUUUGCAGAUGCUAUGGAAGUCAUUCCGUCUACACUAGCUGAAAAUGCUGGUCUGAAUCCCAUUUCUACAGUAACAGAACUAAGAAACCGGCAUGCCCAAGGAGAAAAAACUACAGGCAUUAAUGUCCGAAAGGGUGGGAUUUCCAACAUUUUGGAGGAGAUGGUUGUCCAGCCUUUGUUGGUUUCAGUCAGUGCUCUGACCCUAGCUACAGAAACCGUCCGGCAUUUUGAAAAUUGAUGAUGUGGUGAACACUCGAUAAAUCUGAAUACACAGGCUGACUGGCAGCAUUACACUGCCAGUACUGCAACUCAAAUGUAAGAAGAUCUAGUCCUUGUUGUUCAGAAGAUUGUUUUCCUCUGUGAAUUCCUGGACUUGGUCUUCGGGUUGGUGUUUGCUUGAAAUUGUAUUGAAACAACUAAAUAUUAAAAUAUCUCUUUUUCAAAAGGCUAA